AUGGUUGACCCAUUGGAAUCUGAGGACCAGGCUAAGAUUCGGGGCCCACAAUUUGAGUCCCCAUCUGCAGCAUCUGAAGCACCAUGCAUAUCAGAACAGAUCACCGAUGGAGGGACAGAAGCAGUCAUGGAAAGCAGCCCAGAAGGACAACCGACAGCAGGGCCUGAACAGAGCCCUCAGGAGAGCCAACAGCAAAACAGUGAGCCGGAGCAGCCCAAGCUGCAUUUGGACCUCUACAACUUUGACUCUCCAGAGGCUGAAGGUAGUCGCUAUGUACUGACCAGCCCUCGCUCCCUGGAGGCUUGUGCACGGUGUGGAGUUAAACCUGUGGAGCUCCUGCCCCGCCCACUGUCUGACUUUGCCCAUGAGGCACCUGGCCGAAGCAUGCGGGUUGCCACAGGGAUGUUUGAGAUGUAUGAAAGGGACAGGCAUGCUAAACUGAGACAAUGUCGAGAGGAGAGAGAAAGGAUUGUUAGAGAAGAAAAGAGACGAAUCCUACAAGCUGCACUUAACAAUAGCAGCAGCCCAGCAAGCUCAGAAAAAACACAGGCCACAGUCAAAGGCAUGUCAUCUCAGUCAAUUAACCUUGGCUCUACUGUACCCAGUUCGGCUCCCCAAACACCCCCUGGUAGCUCAGGCUCAACCAAAAAACAUAUCUCGGCAGCAGGCCCUGCAUCUAAAAUUACCCAGCCUAGCUCAGAACAGUCUUCGAAAAUUGUCCCUUCAAGUUCCAGCUCCUCCACUAAAUCACUUUCAUCCACUUCAGCUCAGCCAUCAAAAGCCAGUCCAGUCUCUAAGGAUGCAGCUGCUAAAAGCUCAGAAUCAUCACCUGAGCCCUCAGCCAAAGUCCAAGGAAGUACAAUUCCAGCUACAGUGAUUCCAAAAUCAGCUCAGUCAACCCCUGGUCUGGUGUCCAAGAAGGCUACUGGCACUUCAACAAAGUCUGCAAAUACAUUUCCCAGAUCUACACCUAAGCCCACUUCUUUCCCAAGAGCAUCCAGCUUACUGGCUCCAGUGGUGUCAAAGUCUGCAGCACAGAGCCCUGCCAAUGGUAUCACUAGUCCAUUUGCUCAACAUAAUGGCUACAUCACAUGUCAAAAGUCAAAAGGCAGAGGUAGGAGCCACUCUCUGGAGUCCUUGCAAAGAAGACGAGAGACUGUAUGCUCUUCUACAACUUCAACAACCACCACAACAACUACCACAUGUGCCUCCUCAGAAUCAGCCUCUUCCUCGUACAGCUGGGAUGGGGGAAGAGAUCACUGGGUAAAGAUAUCUAGUCCCCGUGCCCGUACAUUAGCCACCUUCAACUCCUUAAUGGGCCGCAGCCUUAGCUUAGGAGACCUGAGUCACUCUCCUCAAACUACACAAAAGGUGGAGCGCAUCGUUAGGGAAGUGAAGCGACGAGGCCUUAAGGCAGUGCCUGAGCGUGAUCGCAAGAUUGCAGCACUGAUGCUAGCCAGGUAUCAGGAGGAGGACAUCAUGAGUCAGACACGUUAUGUUGCACACCUUCAGUGGGACAGUGAGCGGCGUCUGGAGGAGCUGCGACGGGAACGUGAGGAACGAGAGAAGCAGAGAGCAGUGCUGCAGUGCCAGAGAGCAUGGCAGUCACAGGUCUCUACCCGACAGCGACGUCUCAGCCAGCAGGAGCGAGAGGCAGCAGCAGCCAAGCUUCGGCAAGCUGCAGAGAAUGAAGAACGCUGGCGUGAGCUGGCUCAGCAGCAAGAACGCAAUAGGAUACAGAAACUUCAGCAGGCUGCUCGUGAAGAAAAGCAGAGGAAAUCUCUACAAGAACAGAACCUCAGAGCUUUGGAAGAGGAGAGGGCAGCCAUGCUAGAGCAGGAAAAACUGCUUCUUAGGGAGAAACUGACCAUUGCAGAGCUGAAGAGACAGGAGCGGGAGCACCAGUUGCAGGAGGAGCGCCGUGGGCUCAAUCGUGCUGAGCGGAGGCGACAUGCAGCUCUGAUCCAGGAGAUCGCACGGCGAGAGGCAGAUGAACGUGAAGAGGCCAGAAGAUCGGCUGAAGAGAAGUUGAGCCGCUCCCUGGAGAACUAUGAACAGAUUCAAGAGAAGCGGGGACAGGAGAUGCGUGAGAAAGCUAAACGGGAGGGGUUACAGAUACAGAGAGCUCGUAAGGCCGCUGAGCAGCACGAGCGCCAGCAACAGGAGCAGAUGGCAGCACGGGUAAAAGAAGCAGAGAAAAGAGCACAACAGGCAGCUCGUGUGGCAGAGGAGCGAGCACGGGAGAAAGCUCAGCGAGCAAUUCAGAGCAGACAGGAGAAGGAGCGGCUACAGAGACUCAACCGCCAGCGAGUGGAAGAGGAGGAGAAGCAGCGGCGUUUAGAGUUGCUCCAGUCCAUUGAGAGGAAGUUGGAGAAGAGCGAGCAGAUCUUCCGUGAGAAACGCGCUGUGCUGGAGAGCGCUCGGUCAGUUGCCCGUGCCUCUUUUCAUGUGCGAGACCGCGUCCGUGAAGAGACUAACAUGCGCACCUUUGAUAAAAUGGCCUUGGAGGCCCAACUGAAAGCAAGUCUGGAUGAGAAGUGA